UGGAGCAUGAAGAGUCUAAGAUUCUCCGCGUCCAGCUGGAGCUCAACCAGGUCAAGAGCGAGAUUGACAGGAAGCUGGCAGAGAAGGAUGAAGAAAUGGAGCAGAUCAAGAGAAACAGCCAGAGGGUGAUUGACUCCAUGCAGAGCACUCUGGAUGCUGAGGUCAGGAGCAGGAAUGAUGCCCUGAGAGUCAAGAAGAAGAUGGAGGGAGACCUGAACGAGAUGGAGAUCCAGCUGAGCCACGCCAACAGACAGGCUGCCGAGGCCCAGAAACAACUGAGGAAUGUCCAGGGACAACUCAAGGAUGCCCAACUGCACCUUGAUGAUGCUGUCAGAGGACAGGAGGACAUGAAGGAGCAGGUGGCCAUGGUGGAGCGCAGGAACAGUCUGAUGGUAGCUGAGAUUGAGGAGCUGAGAGCCGCUCUGGAGCAAACAGAGAGAUCACGUAAAGUGGCCGAGCAGGAGUUGGUUGAUGCCAGUGAGCGUGUUGGACUGCUGCACUCUCAGAACACCAGCCUUCUGAACACCAAGAAGAAGUUGGAAAGUGAUCUGGUCCAGGUUCAGGGUGAGGUGGACGAUGCAGUUCAGGAAGCCAGAAACGCUGAGGAGAAGGCCAAAAAGGCUAUCACUGAUGCUGCCAUGAUGGCUGAAGAGCUGAAGAAGGAGCAGGACACCAGUGGUCACCUGGAGAGGAUGAAGAAGAACCUCGAGGUUACAGUCAAGGACCUGCAGCACCGCCUGGAUGAGGCUGAGAACCUCGCCAUGAAGGGUGGCAAGAAACAGCUCCAGAAACUGGAGCAGAGGGUCCGAGAAUUGGAGACUGAAGUUGAAGGUGAGCAGAGACGUGGAGCCGAUGCUGUUAAAGGAGUCCGCAAAUAUGAGAGGAGAGUUAAGGAGCUGACCUACCAGACCGAGGAGGACAAAAAGAAUCUUGCAAGACUUCAGGAUUUGGUGGACAAAUUGCAGCUCAAAGUGAAGGCCUACAAGAGACAGGCUGAGGAGGCGGAGGAACAAGCCAACACCCACAUGUCCAGGCUCAGGAAGGUCCAGCAUGAGAUGGAGGAGGCCCAGGAGCGUGCUGACAUCGCUGAGUCUCAGGUCAACAAGCUCAGAGCCAAGAGCCGUGAUACUGGAAAGUCUGACAGCGCCGAGUAAGAGACACUCUCCAUUGUGGAACAUUAUAAUGCGGUUCAUAUAAUAUGAACUAGCUAUAAAAUGUCAUCAUAUAAUGUACUAUUUCAAUAAAUAUCUUUAAAAUGUAAUACCA